ACUAACUUUAUCAAAUGGUGCAUAGAGGAUAGCGGCUCCCUGGAUAUUCUUUGCCGUCACUGGGCGCUCCCUGAGCUCAAGCAGGUUUUGGAUGAGCAUUACCCAAGGCUCGUGGAGCUUCCAUCAUGGAUCAAAACAGUACAUGAAUCUGCUUACGGCUCGCAAACCGAAGGCUUCGGCGGACGAAGAACAGGAGAUAGUUUUGUGGGUGUGCCGGAGGCCCGUUGCUACAACGCUUCUCAUGGGCUUCCACCAACAAUCUCCUUCGGCAGAGACAAUGCACUCCCGAAGCAGUCUGACCAACCUUCAGAUGUCCUCCGCGCGAGACGAAUAACAUCAGACAUGAACCUCACGAUCACUAUUAGAGGGCUGUGCAUUGGAGUCGUCUCGGAUACUCAUCCAAUGUACGAAGGUAUUAUUCCAAGGCAAGUUCUGCGGAGCUUGGGGCAUGAUCCGAGAACGGAGCUACAAGGCGUCGCAGACACUGUCUGGAGAACGCUCGUGGCAGAUCGGGAUGCGGAUGGAAAGGCGCCACCGGCGUGGUACCACAGAGCUUGUAUGACCUGUCUUGUGUCGGACACCGGGGCCGGGAAUAUUGACACGAAUGCAAUCCUCCAACAAGAUGAAGCUGCGACGAACCUCAAAUCAGACUAUUUAAAAAGAGUGCAAGCUGUCUGUUGGAACAGGAAGUAUAUCGAAUGCGAGGCUGCCCCUGAAGAUAAGAACAAUCGGAAAUUGGUCGGCAUAGCUCCUCAGGAUUCUAAAGUCGACGAUGUCGUGUGCAUCCUGUACGGAUGCUCCGUACCCUGUGUUCUUCGUCCCUUUUGGAGUGAGAGAGGGCGCGGAGAACAGCCAUCGUACUAUGAGCUUGUAGGAGAAGCGUUUGUGUUGGGACAGAUGGACGGUGAAGCACUUGAUGGGUUAACUGAGGAGGAGUUGGCGGGAGAGCAUUUUCGUUUAAUGUAG